AUGCUUUUCUGGCAGCCCUGCCAGCGCAUCUUCUUAGACGUGCUUUGUAUCGACCAGAUCGAUCAGAGACGCAAGUCCUUGGGGAUCUUUAACAUGGGCGCCUUCUUGAAGAGCUCCGAUUCGCUGCUGGUUCUCUGGGAUCCCACGUACACCUCCCGCUUGUGGUGCAUUUUCGAGCUGUCCGCCUUUCUGCGCAGCAAGAAAGAUCCGAAGCUCAUCAUUCGGCCGACGGUUUUGGGACCUUGCUACCUUCUGCUUUCCCUCGCUCUUGCCGUGCUUGUGAGCAGCUUUGGUGCUUUGCCAGAUGGGCAUGGGAUCUAUGACGUGAUGCUGGUGCAGGGGUGCCUUUUCGGAGUCGGUUUCUACCCAAUCGUGGCAUCCUUCCGGGAGUACUUCCGGUCCAUUGACACGCUGCAGAGUACUCUCGAGCACUUCAGUGUGCAGGACACUACGUGCCACUGCUGCCGGAUGAACCAUGUGACUUUUCGAGGGGAUCCGAUGGUCUGCGAUCGCCGGGUGCUUCUCACCUGCAUAUCUGCUUGGUUUGGCAGUGAGGACAGUUUUGACGCGGUCGUCCGCCAUGACGUCUUGGAUCGCCUUAUGCAGCAGCUGUGCAACGAGUUCCUGAGCUAUUGGCAGCUGAUAACCGUGAUGCUUCCGAUGUUCUUCCCUUUCAUCGAUGCCGCUUCAGCUCAGUGGCACUACGUGGGAAGGUAUCACCAUGCCGUCGGCCGCGAGCUUCUGAGAGGCCUGGCUUGGUGGCUCGGUAUAGCCCCCACGAUUCUUUUGAUUUGUCUAAGGGUAGCCUACCUUCUCAGGAAGAGGUGCAGGUGUGACUUCUUGCUCAACAUUCUCGUCCUCCUCUGCAUCGUGGCCCUAUGGCUGGCGGGGGUUGGUAUAGAGAACGAGUAUUUGAGGAUACACCGCAGGCUUGGAGGAAUCCAUAAAAUCGAAGCCAUGGCCGCACUGGCCGCAACAUUUUUACCCCUUGCGGGCCUGCUUUUCUACUUCCUCGGUUCGCAUCCCGGGUACAAAGUCCGGCCUGGAACUUCGGGAUGCACGGGAUCUUCCACUGGCGUGCAGGAACUGCACGUGCAGAACAAAGGCGGCGAAGCUGAUGUCGCCCCGUCCCCCGAGAAGUUUGGGAUCAUCACAUUGUAG